CUAUAUCCGGUUCUCCCAGAUCUGUGCGAAGGCAGUGAGGGAUGCCCUGAAGACCGAGUUCAAGGCCAACGCUGAGAAGACUUCUGGGAGCAGCAUAAAGAUCGUGAAGGUGAAGAAGGAGUAGUCGACCCUGACUGA